AUGUUUCAAUUUACUAUUAAUUUAAAAAAUUCUCUUAUUGCUGGAUUUGUCUUGAGAACUUUUUUAAUUUUUUAUGCAAAAAUACAUGAUUAUAUGUUUUUAUUAAAAUAUACAGAUAAAGAUUAUUUUGUUUUUACGGAUGCAGCUCAACAUGUAGCAAAUGGUGAAUCACCAUUUAUGAGAACAACAUAUCGAUAUACUCCAGCAUUGGCAUGGUUAUUAUUACCAUGUGUUAAAUUUCCUAAUUUUGGUAAAUUUAUUUUUGCCAUAACAGAUAUUUUAUUGGCAUAUGUAUUAUAUAAAAUUGCCAAUCAAGUUAAAAGAUUAAAUAUCAAAAAUGAAAAAACUUUUAUUAUAUCAUUGUCUAUUGGAUGGUUAUUUAAUCCAUUAUCAUUUAUAAUUUCUAGUCGUGGAAGUUCUGAUGCUUUAGUUUGUUUCUUUGUAUUGAUCUCACUUUAUUUAUUAUUAAAACAAAAAUGGUUUUUGUCAUCUAUAGUUAUGGGAUUAUUUGCCAUUCAUAUAAAAAUUUAUCCUAUCAUAUAUUUACCAUCAAUAUUUUUUUAUUUAUCAAAACAGUCAGAUAAAUUAAUUAGUACUCAAAGUAUUAAAAAUUGGAUCACAAAUUAUAGAGGAAUAUUAUAUAUAAUAUUUUCAUUGGGAAUAUUUUAUGGAACUAUCAUAUUUUGGUAUCAAUUUUAUGGUGAAUUAUUUUUAAAUGAAUAUUUAUUGUAUCAUGUUAAAAGAAUUGAUACUGCUCAUAAUUUUUCACCUUAUUAUCUUCUUUUAUAUCAAUCAAUGAAUGAUCCUGUCAUAACAAAAUAUGUUGGUAUUUUUGCUUUUAUUCCCCAAUUUUUAUGUAUAAUAUAUUUUGCCAUAUUAUAUCAUAAAGAUUUGCCAUUUUGUUGGUUUAUUACAACAAUUUCUUUUGUUUCCUUAAACAAAGUAUGUACUUCACAAUAUUUUCUCUGGUAUAUUUGCUUUUUACCAUUAAUUUAUAUUUAUGUACAGAUUAAUGAAUGGAAAAGUAUAAAAAUGUUUAUUUUAUGGUUAGUGGGGCAAGGUUUAUGGAUGUUCCCAGCUUACUUAUUUGAAUUUCAUGGCUUUUCUACUCAUUAUUAUAUGUGGUUAGCUUCAUUAAUUUUCUUAUCUAUUAAUUUCUGGAUCAUAGGAACAUUAAUUAAAGGUUAUAAUAAGAAAAAAAGUAAAAUAGAUUAG